GCGAUCUCCGGCCAAAGUCACUAAGGGCGGGUUAUGGCUUAGGGCUCAGCCUAGAGGUAACGCCAAGGGGAAAGGACGACUAAGCUAACUGGGAAAGAAGAGGAAAAGAAGAAAAGCCGACGAUGAGUUUCCACAAGGAGGACGGAGUGAGCAGCCUGUGCCAGAAGGCGCUGCACAUCGUCACUGAGCUGUGCUUCGCGGGCCAGGUGGAGUGGGAGAAGUGCUCGGGCAUCUUCCCCCCGAAAGGGGGCAGCCAGGGCGGAGGCAGCACAGAUAUUUCGGUCAGCCUGUUAGCCGUCGUCGUCAGCUUCUGUGGCCUGGCCUUGCUGGUUGUCUCGCUUUUCGUCUUCUGGAAGUUGUGCUGGCCAUGCUGGAAAAGCAAACCUGUGACUUCCACCGUCGGGGCCCUUCCCCAGAGCGUGUCAAGUGCCCCCGCAGAAGUGUUUGAGACGGAAGAGAAAAAAGAAGUCAAGGAAAAUGAAAAACCAGCCGUGAGAGCUAUUGAGCCUGCAAUAAAAAUUAGCCACACUUCCCCUGACAUCCCAGCAGAAGUCCAAACUGCUUUAAAAGAACACUUAAUUAAACAUGCACGUGUGCAAAGACAGAUUACUGAGCCUACGUCAUCAUCUCGCCACAAUUCCUUCCGGAGACACCUGCCCAGGCAAAUGCAGGUUUCCAGUGUUGACUUUAGCAUGGGCACAGAACCUGUUUUACAAAGAGGAGAAACCACCACCAGCAUUGGGAGGAUAAAACCGGAGCUCUACAAACAGAAAUCUGUGGACUCUGAGGGCAACAGACAAGAAGACGUCAAAACCUGUGGGAAACUCAACUUCACCCUCCAGUAUGAUUAUGAAAAUGAACUUCUAGUUGUUAAAAUCAUCAAAGCCUUAGAUCUCCCUGCUAAAGACUUCACAGGAACUUCUGACCCUUAUGUGAAGAUGUACCUUCUUCCAGAUAGGAAGAAGAAAUUUCAGACCCGUGUGCACAGGAAGACCUUAAAUCCUCUCUUUGAUGAAACUUUUCAAUUUCCUGUAGCAUAUGACCAACUAAGCAAUCGAAAGCUCCAUUUCAGUGUGUAUGAUUUUGACAGAUUUUCUAGACAUGACAUGAUUGGGGAAGUGAUUCUUGAUAAUUUGUUCGAAGUCUCUGAUCUCUCCAGGGAAGCCACAGUAUGGAAAGAUAUCCACUGUGCUACCACAGAAAGUAUAGACCUGGGCGAAAUCAUGUUUUCCCUUUGUUAUCUGCCGACGGCUGGGCGUAUGACACUGACAGUUAUCAAAUGCAGAAAUCUGAAGGCGAUGGAUAUCACUGGUUCAUCAGAUCCUUAUGUCAAAGUGUCUCUGAUGUGUGAGGGCCGAAGAUUAAAAAAGAGGAAAACGACGACAAAGAAAAACACUCUAAAUCCCGUGUACAAUGAGGCUAUUAUUUUUGACAUCCCUCCAGAGAACGUGGACCAAGUCAGCCUCUCCAUUGCAGUCAUGGAUUAUGACAGGGUAGGACACAACGAGGUCAUUGGCGUGUGCAGGACGGGACUGGACGCUGAAGGUCUUGGGCGAGACCACUGGAACGAAAUGCUGGCCUAUCACCGAAAACCAAUAACACACUGGCACCCCUUGCUGGAGUUACCUGGCCGGGCAACCAGUUUUGAUAGUCAAGGAUCCUGUCCAUCUCCCAAACCACCUUCCACACCGUAAGGCCUCCAGACUAAGAUGGUUCAAAAAAGGGCCUGACCAUAUUCUCAUUGGAUCAGGAAAAAAAAAAAAAAGUGGAAGGUUUGAUUUUCUCAUUUAAAAUACAUCCAUGGUAAUGUACAAAUUUGAUGUGCACUUGUUUUCUUUCCUUUUUUGUCCUUUUUUUUAAACUGUGAGCAUCUUAAUACAUUUUACUUGAAUACAAAUAGUCCUCAGAUACAUAAGGUAUUCAAACCUUCCUGUCGUACGCCUAUUAGCACUAAGUGUAUUCUAAUAUGUUGUAAUUCUUUGCAUAGGCAAAGAAAUAAGUUUUUUAGAAGAUUAGUUCUUAUCUAAAACUAACUAUAGUUUAUGCUGCUUUUGUGUAAAGUAGCACAUGUCACAUAUGUAGGGUUUUGAUUUUGCUGCAACUGUGUUAAUUUCCAAUUGUGCACCUGGUUCUCUAUACACUUUAAAGGAAAUUUGAACUUACACAGAAUUCAAUCUUUGUGCAAUCAAAGUAAUAUUACUUAUCUGCUAAUUUCUUUUCUUCUCAGCAAAUCCUUUUCUUGGCGAUGUUUGGCUCUG